AUGUCAUCAAAACCUCCUUCUCCAUCACGAACCGCCUCAACAUCAGAAUACCAUCAUGCCCUCCGCCCUCAAACAAAUCGCGCUCUCCGCUCCACCGCCGCCCUUACCGCAAUCACAGCCGGCAUGGCCGCAUCGCUAGCCUGCCUAUCACCCCUCCUACACUCCAACCUCCUCCUAGACCCAUACUCCCCAGCAGUCCCACCAGGCACGCCAAUUCUUCGCUGGACGCCAGGCCUCCUCCUUGCCAGCAACUUCUUCAGCGCCGUCCACGUCCCUACCUCGUUACUUAUCGAGCGCUACAUCUACCACCAACCCACAGGCUCCCUCUCCUCAACCUCCAACCAUUUCCGAUGGAAUUGGCUAUUGAAAUUAGCAAAACGCGUCGUCCCCACCGCGAUCAUAUGCGGUGGGCUCAUGCAACUCGUAAAACCCGCCGGCUGGCCUCAGCUCAGCUACCGCAAUGUCGGCAUGUCUCUCCUGACCGCCUUCCUAAUGCCUUGGGCCGCCGCCGCCGAAGAGUACAUCGUCCGCGGUCUGCUACAACGCAUCACCGCAUCCUGGUUCGUAGACCGGGGCACCGCGUUCUGGGUGUCCACGGGCAUCACGAGUGCAUUCUUCGCGGGUAUCCAUAUGACAACCAGCGUGUGGAUGAACGCAUACUGUGUGCUUUCGAGUGUGAGCGGGAGUCUGAUGACGCGGUGGACCGGGGGGUUGGAGGCGAGUGUGUUGUUGCAUGCGGUUAGUAAUGUGGUGCUGAUGGUGCCGCCGAUGUUGGCGGGGAAUAUGGGGUAUCUUGAGGAUUUGACGGAUAAGGGGCCACCAGGGGGAAUGGUAGUGUUGGCGGGGUUGAAUGUGGCGGUGGUGACGUGGGUAGUGAGGCGGGCUGCGAAGAUGGAGGGGGAGAAGGAGAAGGAGGUGUGA